AUGCAUUUUCAGGGACAUCAGUUUACGGGACAUGGAACAAAGUUACAUCAACGACUCAGUGCAGAUAAAACACCAACACGUAAUUCUAUGUGUGAUAAAAAUAUGCUCUUACAAUUAGAUUCCAUUAACAAUCCAACCAUGAGAGAGAAAAUAGAUUGUGGUAUCAUUAAACCUCUCAUCGGUACUAAAAGACGAUUUGGUUUGGAACAUGAAAAAAAGGUUUUUGAACAGAUCAAUUUAAAUGUGUUUUCUAAAUACAGAUGGUUCAUACAUCUCAAAAACAAGAAAGGGUUGACGUUUAAAGAUGCUUUCCAAGCAGUCUUCACGUCAUCAUCACGAUUUCCUCAAAAGUUAUGGACAGAUAAAGGUAAUGAAUAUUACAACAAAGAGCAAAAAACUGUAAAUUCGUUGUUAAAUAGCCCUGUUCUACAACAACCUAGAAAUUCACAAUUGGAAUCAGAUUUCCUUCUUGCUCAAAUACUACAAAAUGAAAUUGUAAAUGAAGAGCCUGAAAUUGAAAAUGUAGAGCCUGAAAUUGAAAAUGAAGCACCUGAAAUUGAAACAGUUCAAACCACAAACAUAUCAAAACAGAAUGAAAAAUCUAAAAACUCAACAAGAUUUGCUAAUGCAAAGGUAGAUGAUGAUGAUAUUGAAAUUUUUUGUCAGGAACAAACAAAUCAAAACACUAACAGAAAAACAGUUUCCGACAUGAAAAUUUUAAAUGAGUUUAUGAAUUCUGCAUUAGAUGACACACGAGACAUUUGUGUUAUCCAACCCAGAGAAUUGAAUAGCAUAAUAUGCAAAUUUCUAAUAAAUGUACGCACAAAAAGUGGUACAGAGUAUGAGCCAACAUCAGUGAAGGGUAUGAUAAGUAGUUUCGACCGUUAUUUAAGAGCAAAUAACUAUGGAACAUCCAUAAAAAAGGGUGAUAUUUUUGACCAAGCUCGAAGGGUCCUGACAGCUAAAACCAUGGAUUUAAAAAAAAUGGGAAAAGGCAACAAACCUAACAAGGCCCAACCAGUUAUUGAUGAGGAAGUGGACAGACUGUUCAAUACUGGACAAAUGGGAAUGGAACAUCUAGAUGCAUUACUAAGAAUGAUGUGGUUCCAAAAUACAGUGCAUUUCGGUAUGCGCACAGUGACCGAACAUGUGAAUAUGAAAUGGGGGGAUAUCAAAUUAUGUACAAUCAAGUCAGGAACACAGUUUUUGCAAUAUUCAGAAAGGGCGACAAAAACAAGGACAGGGGCCAACCCUGGAAAUGUAAGAGACGUUCCACCCAGAUCUUGGAAAACCCUAGAAGACCCCAGCAGGUGCCAUGUACUUGCAUACAUCAAGUAUAAAAAACUCAGGCCUACACAGUAUAGUGCAGAGUCUGAUCCUUUUUAUGUUUCGUCUAAUACCUGUUUCGGUACAAAAUCCAGCAAAUGGUUUAAAUCCCAACCAGUGGGUAUUAAUACAAUCAGUAGCUUUAUGAAGCUUAUGAUAACAAAUGCAGGUACAUACAUUUAG